CCGCGGCGGUGGCGGCGGCUGCUCUUCUCCGGAUCUGUCACGGUGUCGGCGGUGGCCAGCUCACCGGCCCCCUUCCCUUCCCGCGAGCGUGGUCUCCAGAGAGGCUCUCUCAAGCGAGCUCCGCGGGGUCCACAGCGGGGCGCAGGUGUCCGGCGGCGGCGAACCUGUGGGCAGUGGGGGUUGGUCCCGUGGCUCCGGCCCCCGGUGCAGAAUGGCGACGGCGGUUCGGAUGAACAUCCAGAUGCUGCUGGAGGCGGCCGACUACCUGGAGCGGCGGGAGAGAGAAGCUGAACAUGGUUAUGCCUCCAUGUUACCAUACAAUAACAAGGACAGAGAUGCCUUAAAACGGAGGAACAAAUCCAAGAAGAACAACAGCAGUAGCAGAUCAACUCACAAUGAAAUGGAGAAGAAUAGACGGGCCCAUCUCCGCUUGUGCCUGGAGAAGCUGAAGGGGCUGGUGCCACUUGGACCUGAAUCAAGUCGACACACUACACUGAGUUUAUUAACAAAAGCCAAAUUGCACAUAAAGAAACUUGAAGAUUGUGACAGAAAAGCCAUUCACCAAAUAGACCAGCUUCAGCGAGAGCAGCGACACCUGAAGAGGCAGCUGGAGAAGCUGGGCAUCGAGAGGAUACGGAUGGACAGCAUUGGCUCCACAGUCUCCUCAGAGCGCUCAGACUCUGACAGGGAAGAAAUUGAUGUGGACGUUGAAAGCACAGACUAUCUCACGGGGGAGCUGGACUGGAGCAGCAGCAGUGUGAGUGAUUCUGAUGAGCGGGCAAGCAUGCAGAGCCUCGGCAGUGACGAGGGCUACUCCAGCUCCAGCAUCAAGAGAAUAAAGCUCCAGGACAAUCACAAGACGCGUCUUGGUCUAUAAGAGAGAGUGGUCCCUUCGCGGCCUCCCGGAUGGUUCUCCCUGUUGGAUCGGAUUAGGUAGUGUAUUGGACCCGCCCACAACUCCCUUGCACGUAAACUUCAGUGUACCACCUUCACCAAAAUCAGCUUUGUAAAAGUUCCCAAGGAAGUGCUUAGGAUUGUGGGUUUCUGAUUGCAUCCACUAGCUUCUCUUUCUCCAUAAAAAUUUGUCUCUGAGAGACUGUACAUUCCAAUCAAUUUGAAGCACCCAAGAAUUCUUAGACUGAAUAAGCAACUUUCACAUCUCAGCAAUUUCCCCUUUUAUUUCCUGUCCCCGUGUAGUCUACCAGACCUUUCUUAAUGUUUUCUGGCUUACUGUGUUAUUUGCCUAGCAGAAAUGUACAAAUGUGUCUUGUGCUUAGGAAACUGAAGGAAACAAACUUUUCAAGUUGAGAUCCUGAUCUCAGCGCUCCAAAGUAAGCUUCGAAAGCAGCAUUUGAGAGCACUUAACCAUGGACCUCACCCUGUGAGAAGUCAGGAAUACCUCCAGAAAACACCCCCACACCCCCCCCACACCCCGCGCUAAGUCCCCUGAGCCUCGCGGGGAUGGGAGCAGUAUUCUCACUUUAAGAUGGACAGCUUGACACCUUGAUAGCAUGUCUUUGGGGUUGCACAUCUUAUCAAAGUUCCAACCUUGUUUGUUCUCACAAACAAAACGGUACAAUCUCUUUUUGUGCAACGUUCUUGGGACCGCGCUGUGUACUGCUCCCCCAAGGCACACUUUCCCCUGGAAGUUUGUUAUGCUACUUGUCUCUGGAACAUUUUUUUUUCCUACCUCAGAGAUGAAUGAGAUCUCCAUUUCCCACUUAACACGAAGUGAUUAUGCCUCUCUUUUUUUUUUUUUCUCCGAAUAAGUGACAUUUGGUCCAGUUCUAAUCUAUUUUCCUAUUUAACUCUCAGCAAUAACUGAGCUUUGGCACUAGCUGAGCUAGUGUCCAUCUUCAGUGAAAGGAAAAGUCCACAUUGCUACUCUCUCUGUUGCAGGUGAACAGGAGGGGAUGGUACAAUGGUGCUGGAAUCCCUCUCCUUAGUGUUUUUGGACACACCCAGAAACUUCUUUACGGAGGCUUUUGGGUUGACAGUGGAAAAGGCUGAUUUCUUUUUGGUUAUGAUUUCUCCCUUAAGUGGUCUCCCACUGUGUAGCAUUUUUAUUUAAGCUAAAACAGAGCACAUGUAUAUAACACACAUUAAAUCUAUAAAUACUAUUUAUUCAUUUUAUAUAAACUAAUGUAAUGGAAAAUAAAUUCUUAUGACUUUGUGCUUUUUAUAGAUGUUCUAGAAACUUUGUAUGUAGGUAUCUACAAAAUUGGUUCACUCCCCUUAAUAUUUUUGCAUUCAUAUUUUUGAGGUCUUGAUGUUUUCAGCCUCCAGCGAAUCUUUUUCAUUGAAUUUGAACCAUUUGUAAAAAUCUGUGACGCUGAAACAGAGUAUGUGUCACAAAGUGAUGAGAACAUUCCUAAAAUCCACAGACGCACUGCAACCUUAAGGGCUCAGCGGCUGAACCAGUAGCGGGCGGCCACCGCGUGCUCCCCCUGGCCUGCGGUCUCUAGCACGCCACAGCCUCGCAACUCCUCCAGCGCCUCCACCUUCCACACAACCAACGUAAAGUUCUAAGGCACUCCACAUGGGAGCUCCUUCCAUGCAUGAAGAGCAGUCUAACAAAGCGAGAUUACUUUUGUGGGUUUUUUCUUUUUAAUGAUUCUUUAAUGUAUUAAAAAAGUUUCAGUUGGAAGUAGUGGAUUCCUAAAUGAUUCCAAAGUCAUCUGUAAUUCCUUCUGUUUUUGUUUUGUUCUGUUUUUUUUUUUUUCAUUUCAGCUUUGGGUAGGGGGAGGGGCAGGUGACACAAAGGAUUUUUUUUCUUGUUGGAAUCUUUUCCAAUUACCAGCUGAAGAUUUGCACUGAAAUACAACUUGUAUGCCUUUUGCAUUUUUAAAGCCUGCUUCCUGAAUUUAAGCAGAGUGAUAGUGUUCAAAGAGCCAGCUCAGCCUGUAACACGUUUGAAUAGAUAUAUCUGCACUUUGAGGUCCCUUUCGAAUGCCAUUCGCUAGACCUCACAAGCAUUUUGUGUAAUUGCUCCGUUCAAGCGCCUCACGAGUCCAUGAUGCUGGAUGCUGUACGGCAUCGAAACUCAAGACUUUGGGAAAAGCUUGUGGGCUUGCAUUGGGGGAGGGAAGGGAACAAAAUUUGUGUAUUUGUUUGUUUAAUUUAGAAAUAAGGCAUCUGAGAGAUGUCAUUAUUUUCUGUGUUUUAAUUGUUGUGCCUUUGAGUUAAACUGCAUUUUUGUCUUUUGGUUGAAAUAUGAACUGUACUGUCCCAAUAUAAAACAGUCAUUAUUUGACCUUUGCACUGUU